UUGAAAAUUUUAGAUUUGGGACCACAAGUGCGGUACCCAUGUGGACGACCACCGCCACCGCCUCGCAGUGAUGCAAGACGAAGUGGAGGGGGUGAUGGUAGUGGUCAUCGCUAUUCAUCGUCACGACAGGAAAAAGUCAAAGAUUCAGCACCACGUUCACGACGUGAUUCACCACAGAGCUCUUCGUCUACCAAGGCAAAGUCUCGCAGUGGAAGCAAAAAAGAAAGUACAAGCGGUGGUGCUAUGGGUGACGUGACUGAUCCAUGGGCUCGAAAAAAGAAGCCAGGCGCAUGGACAAAGAAUAACAAUGAAGCAAAAGGCGAGACGACGCUCGCUGAUACGAGACUUUCACCACCAAGAGGAGAUAUUGCGGGAUUUCGUAUUCCCAAAAAACACAGCGCCGCCACUUCUCGCGAUCGGAUAUCUGGCAGCGCUCGUGGGUCUAGUGAUGCUGGACGAGACCUAGCGUUUUCCAAGAAAUCUAAUGCAAACCCACUCCCCUCGAAGAAACCAGAAGCAAAGAAAGGCCGCGAACCCAGUCGGGUAUCCGAUGAUGAGGUUGACGAUACAAUGGAUAGCCGUGGUGCUGAGAAUAUCAGCGAUUCGGAAUCCGCUCAAUCGGUCAGCGGAAGCUCCUCUGCGAUGUCUUCAUCUUCAUCUGGAAGCUCAUCUCAGAGUCGAUCUCCUUCACCUGCGCUACCGGCAAAGUAUCGCGUGGCUAGUGCUAAGGAAGAGGCGCAGGCAUCAGCGGAAAAGAAUGUGGCAUCGGUAUCAGAUUCGGAUGGUGAAAUGAAGAAGAAAAACCGCUCCAAGAGUGCCUCGAAGGGGCGUCGUACCGGUGGGUCGCCACAUCUUCGUGAAAUUCGUCGACGUCAGCGUGAAAAAUCUGUGACACCUCCACCUCCACCGCCUCCUCUUCCUUUAAUAAAUGAAUUUGUUUUGGAAAGACAGGCCAGAAAGGGUAGAGGCCCUCUAGAGAAGCGUUCAUCUACUGAGAAGCUGAAACGCGACAGAAGUCCUCCCAAGAAAAAAGCCAAGAUUAAUCACGACGGUGAGCUUUUCUUUCCAUUUGCUUUUUGUGAUGCUUUCUUAACAGGGCGCAUUAUACACUGA